GCAGCGGCGAGAAGGGAAUUAUUUAAUUAGACAGCUUCCAUUUUUAGAAUAAUGGCACCAGGUGUCGAAAUGGAAGGAGACAUCCCUUCAGGAGACUCCACCCUUAUUAACCCGAGGAAUACAGUAACUGCAGCAGGUUCCGCCUCAGAAUGUCACAUUGAACAGUGGCGAAGCACUCCUAAAUCUAAACCUUCAUUAGAGAAUGUUAGCUGUUCAAAAUCUAUUGGAGAUUCAAAAAUGAACUUUGGAAAAAUGCAAGACUUUGCACCAAGGUAUAAAACUGGCCCGACUAAAGCCAUUCAUGCAAUUCCAACACUGAAUGGCUCUUCCAAAAAUAAUGCGAAUAUAGAUCUGGAGAAUGCUACAAUCCAGAAACAACGCACUGAAUUACAGCUGCUUGUUGCAGAACUCAAGGAUCGGGAUAAAGAAUUAAAUGAGAUGGUGUCUGCGCAUCAGAAGCAGCUCCUGGCCUGGGAGGAGGAUCGUCUUCGCAUACUUGGCCUGGAAGAGAGAUGUGCCAAAGUGGAGCAUGAACUGCGAAACAGGAAUGAAAUUAUCAGAACUUUAAGUACACAGCAAAAGAUUUUAGAAUCUCAACAAGCUGAUUGUUUAAAAACACUCAACUGCACCCAGCAAAAGCUGAAGGAAAUGUCUGAGAAAGCAGCAGAGUCUGUUAACAUCUGUGAAGAGCUAGAGGACAGGAACAAAAGUCUGAAUUCCUCUGUAAUGGAGCUCUCUGCCCAGGUGGGACAGUUACAGGCGCAUGAACAGGAGCUCGCUACAAUGCUGGAGUUAAAGGACAAAGAUAUGGUUGAAGCUACCAAUCAUAUCAUGGAUCUUACAGCUAGGUUUAAAACCUUGGAAGGUGCAUUACGAGAAGCCAGGUUAAAUGAAACAAAUUCCAGGAAAGAGGUUCAUGAUUGUAAACAGCAUUCAAAGAAACUGCGACAUGAAAUCUGCAAGCUUAAGGAUGAGUUGGAUGAAAAGACAGCAGAAAAUAAUGAGCAGAGGGAAGACAUUAUUCGCCUUAAACAAGAAAGACAAUAUCUUGGAAAUGAGCUCACUUUAGCUGUCGAACGAGAGAAGAGAAAAGACCAGAUUCUGGAACUGGCAAGAUCAAAGCAGGAGCGAGCUGACACUGAACUGCAUGGUCUACGGCAGGUAAAUGAAAAACAGCAACAUGACUUGCAGCUUCUUCAUUUGAAUCUUGAAAGUUCUCAGGAAUUGAUCCAAAAACAGGAAGAGAAAAUUCUUGAAAUUAGUUCUGAUAGAUUUCUGUCAGACUCCAAAUGUAUUAUACAGAACAACAAUGGACACAAUAAAGUAGAGGGACAAGAACAUAAAAAUGUCUUAAAAUGGAAAAGGGGGCCAACUAAAGAUCACAAAGUGGAAUCCAUGACCAAAAGACACACAGAAGUACCUACCUCAACUCAGAACCUUGAUACUGAAUUAAUUCCUAUGAGUACCAAAGAACAAGGCCACUUAAUGGGACCAGAAGGGUGCAAUGCUAUCGAUUCCAGAUGUUACAGCUCGAAUGAUGGUGCAAAUACUCAAACAACCUAUCCUAUUGACUUUGAUCAAUGUAGUAAUGGAAAUAUGACAUUCAAGACCCAGAGUCCACAGUGUAACACCAAUGAUUCCAAUAAGAAGACUACAAAAUACGUGGUGCAAAAGCAAAAUUGCAGGUAUACGACUGCAAAGGACUGUGGCUCGCCUCAGGGAAGAGAGAACAAUUUGCAGCAAAUGUCGAGGAAGCAAAAAUGGAAGUAUGAGGGCCCUUGUGAUGCCCCCACAUUUGAGCAUGAUAACUUGGCAUAUAUAAACUCUGACCACCGCAGUCCCAGCUGCGGCACCUCUUCCCGUUGCAAAGGCAGCAUUUCAGCAGACAGUCAUCACCCUCUUUGCACAAAGCCAAGUACGACUUCACUCAUAUCAACAAAAGAAGCUGUAAGGAUUUCUGAGAGUCAUAGCCUGGAAGACAGAUACAAUAAUGAACUGAGUGAACAUGGAAUGAGUGACGAAGUGACUCAGUCCCCUGCAAGGAAUGAAGCUGACCAGGAGGCUCCAAUUUCUGAACAAGAUUGGAUGAAGCUUUAUCAGCCAGCUGUUGAUGUAAAAGAUUUGUGGUGGUUGUACCUCAAUGAUGGUUCAGUAUCAUCACAUGGGUUAGGUAGUCCUACUUGUGUGGAAAAAAAGAGUGAUGAGAGACUGGACCUGAAUGCCUACGGUUUGGAGUCACCACUACGUUCCAUGACUUCCUCACCGGUGAGAGAAAGGGCGAGGAGAAAGAGCAGCCUCCAUGGCGAGCUUUGCGGCUCUGUGUCACCGUCAAGACUGAACGCCAACGAGGACAAUGCAUCGGCGUCUGCUCCUAAUGCUUACCGUGAGGACUGUUCACCCACUAGUAAACUGCAACGCCUCCUAGCUGAAUCCCGGCAGAUGGUUGCCAGCCUAGAACGCAGCACUCAGCUUCCUCUUAGCUUGUCCUCCUGUGCCAGUAGCAAUAGCAACUUAAGGGAUGGCGGUUCACUGUAGUGUAAGAAAAAUCCAUUCAGUAAAUAUUACUCCUGCUUGAUGAAGUAAAAUUGUAAAGCGGAGUAGAUGCUAAAACAAGACUUCGGCUGCAAAGGAAAGGAUAUUGAGCUUUCAAGGUGAUUCACAAUUAGGCAAUGUUUACCAAUGGACCAGAUACUGAUGUGUUUUAGGACGCAGAUAUGAAAAUUGCAAAUAAAUACACAGAAGCAA